AUGUGCAGACCAGGGCACUGCCAUCCUGGAAAACACGAGUAUACGGCUGGAUUGUCCAUGACUUGGGAACUGUUUCACUAUGCGGUUCUGCGCACAAAUCGACAGUUCACUGCAGCUGGAGGCGGUGGUGGUGGUGGCCCCGGUCGUAUCACAUUGGCUGACUACUUGGAUAGUUUGGAUGGACCAGACGGUUCGACAAAAUUACUCAAACCAAUUCCACAGUUGGGAUCGUUUCGUCGGGUCCUCGGUCUGAGUGGGUCAGCGAACAGUGAACCUGCCCUUGCUCCGACUCUGGCCCCCGUCACUCAACAGCCCAUCACGCGUGAGGAGCAUUCGGCGUGCACCAGGCCGACAGCGACUUCAUUCACGAAUUGCACUGGGCCCUCGGAAGAGUUUUCGAAUCAAGCCAUGUUGAUAACCAACGAUUCUCUGUUGCCAGACAAAAUGACCACCGGCACACCUCACUAUUUGCCGGGAACAAACAAGUCAGCCAGUCCAUCAGCGGAUUAUCUAAUCAAGCGGCGAUUCUUUUUGCUCGAACGUCUGGUGGAGCGUUACGAGGAAUUGUUAAAACUGAUGAACGAGGAACUGCAAGUUCACAUUUUGAACUAG